AUGAGUUAUAUUUUUGAGUCAUACCAAAAGAAUUACACUGAUGUUGAACUAAUAAAAAUUUUUAAUAUCACGUCUUCUCCAAUGGUGGAAGGGGGUAGCGAUUGUGAUGGAUUAAGUUUUCCUGGAAAUCCAUAUGACUUGAUAAUUAAAAAUCCGAGGAGUAUGUGGCAUACAAAACUAAAUAUGUAUGGCUGGCUGAUAUUUGAGUACCCUUCCAAAUUAAUGACUAUUACUGGAUAUAGAAUAUGGGCACCAAAUGGAUGCUGUACAUUACAGAAUCAUUAUCUGAAAGGAAGCAAUGAUGGCGUUGAUUGGAAUCAAAUUGCUUAUGUUAAUUCAAACACCCCAAUUGAAAAUAGAGGAAAAUGGGCUACUUACAAAGUACCCGAAUCUACUUACCGAAUGUAUAAAAUCGAGGAAGAACAAAGUAGUUUUGGUAGUAAUUGUGGUACAUGGUUUGGCUUGCGAAAAGUUGAUUUUUCACAAAUCAAGUCAAAAAAGUGA